CAGGGUCUGUGUUAGCAGGUAAUGAAUGCAGGCGCUUGGAUAUGUGCUAUAAUGGGAUGCAGGCUUCUCAAUUGGUACCCAAAUGCCGGGCCUGAGUUAUUUCUGAUACCGCAAAUGUGAGUAGGCAAAACCUACUUUAACAAGCCGUAAUUUAGGGCUAUGGUGUGACCCUGAGACUGCCAGCAAAAUUGAGAGCUUCCUGGAUCAACCGUCAUAAUUAGCCACUGUUAAAUUCAGCCCCUGCAAUUGGGGGAGGGUGGGAGAGUUUUUCUCUGAUCUUCUUAUCCUGUGUCUGUGUUCCUUAAGCCAUCUCAGAGCUGUGUUCCACUGUCUGUCUUAGCUGUAUGACCCUUCUAGUUGGGUUUCCAUUUGUCUGGAGCUGAAUGAUGGUAGUUUUUAUAUUAAGUUAAAUUUUUCAACUUAAUUAAAACGUAGGAGCCAGUUCCACCUCACAGAAGUUAAGUAGGACCAGGUUUCUCUGGGAUUCUCUUUGUAGAAAUGGAUGUGCUCUGGAUAAACGUGGCCCUCAGAAUUCCCGCAAGGAGCAGAUUGUGAAUGCUGGCAGAGACGGGAUUUGUCUUCUUGGCAUUUUCGUCUUUUAUUUUGCUGUACUAGAUGUGUUGGGGGGCUGGGGGGAAGCUAAGAAUGGGGUGAUUUUCUUUAGGUCACAGCAACUGUGUUGAGCCCCAUCUGUGCCGAGCACGCUCCGUGACAACUGGGAGGUGACUGGUUUCCUGGCACUUCUGCUGCUCUGUUGGUCUGAAUGGCGACUGUCACCCAACUGUUUCUUCCCCACAGCGCCCGGUACUGCAGGAGGAACCUCGGCCACAAUGCCAGUCUACGAGUACUGGCUCUGUUUGCCAGCCUCCCACGUUAGACCUUUUGUGCAGACUGUCAGGGUGACACAGUCGUGUCCCUGCUGCCGCUGGUUUCUAGCUGUUCCCCCUUCUUCGGUCCCUGAGCCACCAAAUGGGCCCACUGUGCUACCAGGGUGCAGCUGCAGCCCCGUGCCGCCACCUCCGCAGCCCUCCACCGCACCCUCUCCCGCACCCUCUGCUGCACCCUCUCCUGAAACAUCCCAAGCACCCUGUUCAUCUGCUGACCCCACCCUUUGCCCAUCAGCUCCUGCAGGUGACUGUAAGCAGGAGAGCAGUGUACAGCCUGGGAUGGCUUAUCAGGAGGGCACGCUGCAGAAGCUCCUGAAGAUGAAUGGUUCAGAGGACCCGCCCCAGGCCUAUGACUUUGACCUCAUCAUCAUCGGCGGUGGCUCAGGAGGACUGGCAGCCGCCAAGGAGGCAGCUAAAUAUGGCAAGAAGGUGAUGGUUCUGGAUUUUGUCACCCCAACCCCUCUUGGAACUAGAUGGGGUCUCGGAGGAACGUGUGUGAAUGUGGGUUGCAUACCUAAAAAGCUGAUGCAUCAGGCGGCUCUGCUGGGACAGGCGCUGCGAGACUCUCGCAAUUAUGGCUGGAAAUUCGAGGAGACGGUUGAGCAUGACUGGGAGAAGAUGACGGAGGCUGUCCAGAAUCACAUCGGCUCCCUGAACUGGGGCUACCGAGUGGCUCUGCGGGAGAAGAAGGUAGUCUACGAGAAUGCCUAUGGCGAGUUCAUCGGUCCUCAUCAGAUUAAGGCAACAAAUAAUAAAGGCAAAGAAAAAAUUUACACAGCAGAGCGAUUUCUCAUUGCUACUGGUGAAAGGCCACGCUACCUGGGCAUCCCUGGGGACAAGGAGUACUGCAUCAGCAGUGAUGAUUUGUUCUCCCUACCUUACUGCCCGGGUAAAACCCUCGUGGUCGGAGCAUCCUAUGUUGCUUUGGAGUGCGCUGGCUUUCUUGCUGGUAUUGGUUUGGAUGUCACUGUGAUGGUACGGUCCAUUCUCCUCAGAGGAUUUGACCAGGACAUGGCCAACAAGAUUGGUGAACACAUGGAAGAACAUGGCGUCAAGUUCAUAAGGCAGUAUGUGCCCAUUAAGGUUGAACAAAUUGAAGCAGGGACGCCAGGCCGGCUCAGAGUGGUAGCCAAGUCCACCACUACUGAAGAAACCAUCGAAGGAGAAUAUAAUACGGUGUUGCUGGCAAUAGGAAGAGAUGCUUGCACAAGAAAAAUUGGCUUAGACACCGUGGGCGUAAAGAUAAAUGAAAAGACUGGAAAAAUACCGGUCACAGAUGAAGAACAAACCAACGUGCCUUACAUCUAUGCCAUUGGUGAUAUCUUGGAGGGAAAGCUGGAGCUCACGCCAGUAGCCAUCCAGGCAGGAAGGCUGCUGGCGCAGAGGCUGUAUGCUGGCUCCACCGUCAAGUGUGACUAUGAAAAUGUUCCAACAACAGUGUUCACGCCCUUGGAAUAUGGCGCUUGUGGCCUUUCUGAGGAGAAAGCUGUGGAGAAAUUUGGUGAGGAAAACGUUGAGGUUUACCAUAGCUUCUUUUGGCCAUUGGAAUGGACGGUUCCUUCAAGAGAUAACAACAAGUGUUACGCCAAAGUAGUCUGUAAUCUCAAAGACAACGAACGGGUCGUGGGCUUUCACGUACUGGGUCCAAAUGCUGGAGAAGUCACCCAGGGCUUUGCUGCGGCGCUCAAGUGUGGGCUGACCAAAACACAGCUGGACAGCACCAUCGGUAUCCACCCGGUCUGUGCAGAGGUGUUCACGACGCUGUCAGUGACCAAGCGCUCCGGGGGUGAUAUCCUGCAGGCCGGCUGCUGAGGUUAAGCCCCAGUGUGGAUGCUCUUGCCCGGACUCCCAGCUACUGACUCAGUUCCUUACCCAAAUCCAAGGCGAAGUUUCUGGGAAGGUUCUGCUGGCACCUGUUGAGGGGCCGUGCUUAACCGCUGCCCAAGAGCCCUUUGGAUCUCGCAGGUGGAAGGUGCUGAGCGGAAGGCAGGCAGCAUCGCACUGGGGUCACCGUAACAGACUGGAAACUGGCCUUUGGCAGUGCAUCGAGGGGUGCGUCCAUGAAGUCACUAGCCCAAAGCCUGCGUGGUGGGCCGUGAUGGAACAGCUGUCAAGCCAGUCUAGUGCCCUCUUUCCUUUUUAUGGAUUUUCUGAUUCUCGUUGUCAGACUUUUUAAUGUUGAUUAUGGUCCCCCUUUCCCCCCUCCGUUACGUCAGUGAUGUAGAGAUGAGAAAUGUUAUGUAGUCUUUGUCCUGAAGCAAUUCGUGGCUGGCGUAUCCAAGUGCAACUUGUUGGACGGACAGGUUGCAUUGGAGGCACAGCUUGUCCAGUGAAAGAGUGCUCUCCCAUGGCUAACAUCGGACAUCCGGGACACGGAAGUCUGUGUCCACGCCGCUGCAUGCUCGCCACUGACUGUGGUCUGAUUCUGGGUAGGAUGGGAGGAGGCCACUUGGCCACCUGGUGGACAUGAUUUUCCGUUGCUCAGAACUUGGCGGGAGGCUUGGUGGUGCCCCAGGUGGAGGGGAAGCGGUUAAAUGUCUCUAUUACUUAUGCGUGUCACACAUUGCUCUGCAGGGGCCGAGGUGCUUGGCAGUGGAAAACACUCACUUAAAACUAUUUGGGGUGGCUCCUGCUGGAAGCCGGAAACAGGAGCCAGGACUUUGGUUUUGUGUCCGUCGUGUAUGCGAGCCUUUCUACCCAACCACAUCCAGAGGAAAAUGGGUCUUCCCACCCAGGGGGCAGAAUUAUUAUUAUUUUUUUUUUAAGGAAGCUGUUAAUAUUGUAAAUUAUUGUUACUCAUUUUGAACAGAGGUGGAUGUGAAGGAUUUGCAUUUUGAAACCAAGCGGUUUUGACUCUUUCAUGCUGAUUGAGCGUCCGUAGCCGGUGGAGUUUGGGCAGAAGCCUGCGUGCUCCGGUCCGCUCCAGCUUACCUCCCCCCUGGAGCAUUCACUCUCCAGUUACAGGCCUCCGUGCAGGCGUGCUGGCUGCGGGUUACACUGAGGCCGUCUUUUCUCCCUGUGGGAGCUGAGUGUUGGCCAUGCGCCGUGGACACCAGGCCUCCGGCCUGAAGUUCUCGUCACUCGUCUGUCAUCCCCUCCCCUCCGCCUGCGGCACUUGUCGCCGCAGCACAGGGUGGUUAUGUUUCAGAGUACCAGUCUGAGCCGCCUCGGGGCACCCACGUGUCUGCAGAGGGACCCUGCCCCACACCCUCGUCCCCUCUAGGCGAGUGCAGGUGGUUGGGUGUGUCUGAGCGUACUUUUUUUUUUUUUUUAAUUUCGUUCCUUCAAGUCAGCCAGUCUGAAGUUAGAAUCUCAGUAUGAGGCGAUGGGGCCUCAUCGCACAGGGAUCCUUUCCUUAGUGGAAUGGGUGAUUUUAGCUCCACAAGAAGAAUGAUAUUUCAUAGAUGUGUCUUGUUUAGAUUCUGUAAUUGGCCAACAUACUGAAAUGCAUACUAAAUUCAUGUGUUUUUGUUAUAAAUCUUCUAGUAAAAAAGCAAAAGACAAUGUGAAAAAAGUAAAAGGUUUUACUGCC